AACGAAUCCCUUUCUAUAGUUUACACUCAAAAACCAUUUUUCUACACCUCCGAGCAAGAGCAGUGAGAGAGAUAGUCAAAGAGAGACACAGAGAUAGAUAAUGUAGCAAAGCAAAACCAGAAGACAUGGGUAGGAGAUUAGACAACAAAACUCCCAAAUCCCACACACUUCCAUCUUCACCAUCCCACUCAUUCUCUUCCUCUUCAUCCUCAGACUUCGAGUUCACCAUCUCAGUCUCUCCACGCAAAUCCUCCACCGUACUCUGUCCCGCCGACGAGCUCUUCUACAAAGGCCAGCUCCUCCCUCUCCACCUCUCAUCUCGACUUUCGAUGGUCCGAACCCUCCUCUUAGCCUCCUCGAGCACCUCCUCUUCCUCCGACACCACCACCGUUGAUUCCCGAGACUCCACCGGAAGUUCUAACGACUCCCACUCUUCCUUCAGCAGCGAUCUUGUCCUCCUCGCCGCCUCCGCCGAGUCCUGCGACUCUUCCAGACCCAGCUCAGUCGCCGCCGAGGACGACGAAUUCAAACGCCUCAACAACUCCAACAAUAUUCAUCUUCAAACCCAGAUCAAGAAGAGCAACAAGUACUUUUCUUUGUCCAGAUUCUCUUCGGUUUUCAAGAAGGAUCCGAAACAGAGAGACUCGGAUAAUAAUAACAUAUCCGGGUUGUCGUCGUCGUCGGUGAAGAAAUUGAGCUCCACUGCUAAAGAAGUGAUACGGAAGUAUUUCAAGAAAGUGAAGCCGUUGUAUGAGAAACUAUCUCAGAAACAGAAAAUGGAAAACUCUGUAAAUUACUCUGUUUACUCUGUUUCUAAGAAAACAGAGAGAUCGAAUGCAGGAACAGAGUUAUUAUCAUCAGGUAAUAAGAGUUACAGUAAAGAGAAUAAUGGAGGAACUGGUGGGUUUUCUCAUUCGUUUUCAGGGAAUCUGAAGUACCCAAGAAGAAGUAGCUGCGUGUCGAGCUGUCCGUCGUCGAUGAGGUCGUCACCGACUCAUUCCGGCGUGCUUUGCCGGCCGGGGUUGAAUGGAAACGGUGGUGUUAAAGCAACAGGAGGAGGUAUGUAUUACGACACGUCGUCGAUGGAAGAGUUGCAGAGUGCGAUACAAGGCGCAAUUGCUCAUUGCAAAAACUCGUUGAUUCAGAGCUCUAAGGCUACGGGGAUGGGACAAAACUACGACUCUAAAAGGGAUGACCUGCCGUCAUUUUAGCACUGCAUUGAAAAAUUUUUAUUUUUAUUUUUUCGAUUUAGUAGGGAUUUGAAUUCUGACUUUAUAAUUAUAAUUAGAAAUAAAUAUUUUAAAUUUAUUAA